CAGCCGCUGCGCUCCGGGACGAGGAUUCCGGUCCGGGUGUUCCAUCCUCCCGCUCCUCUCCACUGAACUCCAACCCCCGCGCGCUCUAUCAGCAUCUCAUUCCUGUCUCAAUAUGUCUCAAGAUGGCGGCCAAUGCAGGAUCGAUGUUUCAAUAUUGGAAGCGCUUUGACUUACAACAACUACAGAAAGAACUCGAUGCCACCGCCACACAGCUCGCCAACAGACAGGACGAGAGUGAACAGUCCAGAAAGAAGCUCAUCGACCUGAGCCGCGAGUUCAAGAAGAACACACCAGAGGACUUCCGUAAACAAGUUGCUCCUUUGCUCAAGAGCUUCCAAGGAGAGAUCGAUGCCCUGAGCAAGAGAAGUAAAGAAGCAGAGGCCGCCUUCUUAAAUGUGUACAAGAAAAUAAUUGAUGUCCCAGAUCCCGUACCUGUGCUGGAGCUGGCUCAGCAGCUACAGCUGAAGCUCCAGAGGAUGCACGACAUUGAGACGGAGAACACCAAACUGCGAGAGACAUUGGAGGACUACAAUAAAGAGUUUGCGGAUGUCAAAAACCAAGAGGUGACCAUUAAGGCCCUGAAAGAGAAGAUCCGCGAGUACGAACAGUCCCUGAAGAAUCAAGCAGAGAACCUGGCACAAGAAACGCAGCUCCAGCUUCACAACGACUAUGCAGAAAAGGAGAGGAAACUCCAGGAGAGCCAAGAUUCCAUGUCGUCACGGUUGGAAGAGGCCGAGCACAAAGCCCAGUCCCUCCAUACAGCACUUGAAACAACUCAGGCCGAGCUCUUUGAUUUGAAGACGAAAUAUGACGAGGAAUCCUCAGCAAAGGCCGACGAGAUCGAGAUGGUGAUGACGGACCUUGAAAGAGCCAAUCAGCGAGCUGAAGCAGCGCAAAGAGAAGCUGAGUCACUGCGGGAGCAGCUGUCCUUGAGUAACCAAUCCCAGCGAGCCGCUAGCCCGACCAAGGCCGACCCCGACACGGAACAGGCAGCAGAGGUGGCAUCCCACUCAAGUCUGGAGGCGGAGCUCAGGGCCAAAGAAAGGGAAACCGCACAGCUGGUGGAGGACGUCCAGAGACUGCAGGCCAGCCUGACCAAACUCCGAGAGACCACCAGCACCCAGAUCACACAGCUGGAGCAGCAGCUUAGCAGCAAGACAGCCGUUCUCAAGGAACUGGAGGAGAAGCUUCAGAAGCAAGCAGACUACGAGGAGGUGAAGAAGGAGUUGGGUAUUCUGAAGUCAGUGGAGUUUGGAACAUCCGACUCCGUGCAGGAUUCAUCCAAACCUCUGGAGGUGCUGUUACUGGAGAGGAACCGUAGUCUUCAGUCUGAGAGUGCCGCACUACGCAUAGCCAACAGUGAGCUCAGUGGGUCAGCCGGGCGGAAAGGGAAAGAAGAGAAGACAUCCAAGGAGGAAACCAGCAACCCUUCUUCUUCGCCACCUCCUCCCCCUCCUUCUCUUCCUUCCUCCUCGCAGCCUCCCCUAUCUCGCGCUCACACAAUCGCCCUCAACACUGCCACCACCACCACCAGCAGCGGGGAAACGCACCCGUUCACUCCAACUGGCAUUGGACAGGACUUCUACUCUCCCGUCUUCCCGCUGGUGGGCGGUAAAAUGGCUUUGAACUCCUUGAUCCAGCGGCAGCUGCUCCAAACCUUCUACUCCAAAGCGUUGCAGGAGUCUUCUGGGAUCCCCAGUGGGGCUUUAUUGUUCACCCCCUUCACUCCAACCCUCAGCUCCAUCCCGACCUCCACCCCCGGCUCUGCUGCCAUCCCUCUGGCAGCCAGCAGCCCUCAGCCACCCCCGGCCAGCCCUGACAUGGGUCCUGUUAACGGGAGCAGCACCGCCGGCAGCGCCCCCUCGCCGUCACCGAGCCACUCUGACGCCACCACAGGGAGUGUUUUGGAUGGGGAGGAUAUGGACACAGCAGAGAUUGCCCGGCAGGUGAAAGAGCAGCUGAUCAAGCACAACAUUGGGCAGCGUGUGUUUGGCCACUACGUGCUGGGACUCUCCCAGGGUUCAGUCAGCGAGAUCCUUGCCAGACCAAAGCCCUGGAACAAACUCACCAUCCGGGGGAAGGAGCCCUUCCACAAGAUGAGGCAGUUUCUGGCCGAUGAGCAGAACAUCCUUGCUCUGCGCAGCAUCCAGGGACGGCAAAGAGAGGGCUCAGGCCAGCCCCAGCUUAGCCGAAUGUUUCAGGACGUUCCGAAGCGGAGAACCCACUCCAAUACAGCUUCACACACAGGGAACAUCACUGCUCGUAUCCGCACUCCAGAUGCCGGUUCAGACGAGGCCAUCAAGUCCAUUCUGGAGCAGGCCAAAAGAGAGCUCCAGGUGCAGAAAGCCGAUUUGUCCCACGUGCAACCCUCGUACGCAGGCCUCAAAGGAGGAGGUGGAAGCAGCAUAGGAGGCGGCAGUGGGUCAGAUGAGGCCAUUCGCUCCAUCCUAGAGCAAGCUCGCAGAGAGAUGGAGGCCCAGCAGGCUGCGUUGGAGCCUAUCCUCAAAGCCUCGUCUUCCUCAUCCUCCCUAGGGUCGUUGUCUCAGAGAGACUUCAUGAGCUCACCGCUCACUGCUCCCCUCCCCCCUUACAAUCCUCUUGCGCUCUCCCUCAAGAAGCCUACCAGCUCCCUGUUGUCCUCCCCGUCCUCCCCGUCCCCGGUGUUGGACUUCAGCUCCAGUGUAAAGAAGGAAGCUCGGUCUUCUCUGGGGAUCGACGCGUCAAUGGAUGGAGCUCUAAGGCAGAGUCGGAUCUCCGAGGGGUCAGCACGCUCAGGAAGCGGUGCUGGAGGAGUGGGUUACUGGAGAGAGCAAUGGUGGAGCAGCAUGCACACGGACCACCGCAGGCCCGGAGCAGAAGAAGAGAACCACAACCAAGAGGACUCCAAAGAGGGAAUACUGAGUGACAGUCUGUCUCGAAACAAGCCGUGGAACAAACUGAACCAGAGGAACCGGGAGCCAUAUCUGCGCAUGCAGCCGUGGCUCAAUGGAGACCAGGGGCAAAACGUACACAUCCAGCAAGCUCAGAACCAAGAGGGUACUCCCAAGACAUCAGCAAGCUGCAGCCCUGCUCCAGAGUCACCUCUCAGUUCAGCUGAAGAGUCUGUCAACGGUCUCGCGGGAGAUCUGCUUACAUCGCAGUCGUCUGGUCUCAAACCCACCUCUGAAGAUCCUACAUGUGGAGACUCUCAGCCCGGCACCCCGCUGCCUAUACCGGGCCACUCGGGUCUAAGCAUUCAGGAGAUGGUUGCAAUGUCUCCUGAACUCGAUACGUACGCUAUUACCAAGAAGGUGAAGGAGGUGCUGACUGACAACAACCUUGGUCAGCGUCUGUUUGGGGAGACUAUCUUGGGUCUGACGCAAGGUUCCGUCUCAGACCUGCUGGCCAGACCCAAACCCUGGCACAAGCUCAGCCUGAAGGGUAGGGAGCCCUUUGUCCGCAUGCAGCUCUGGCUCCAGGACCCGCACAGUGUGGAGAAACUCAUGGACAUGAAACGACUCGAGAAGAAAGCCUACAUGAAGAGGAGGCUGAGCUCUUUGAGUGAUGGCCAUUCUGUGGAUGUGGGCCUCGUGGGGCCGGACUACACGCAGGGCUCUCAGAGUCCGGGGCAGCAGCAUCUAAAGAAACCCAGGGUUGUGCUGGGACCCGAGGAGAAGGAGGCCCUGAAAAGGGCGUACCAACAGAAACCAUAUCCCUCCCCUAAGACCAUUGAGGAGCUGGCCUCCCAGCUCAACCUGAAGACUAGUACUGUCAUUAACUGGUUCCAUAAUUAUAGGUCACGUAUCAGACGAGAACUCUUCAUUGAGGAGAUCCAGGCAGCAGGAGGAAUGGGGCCUGGCAGUGAGGGGGGCUCCCCUUCCCUGCGUGGGUCUAAAGCAGGAGAAGGAGACAGCUGUGACGGGACAGAAUCCGAGGGCACCGUGGAGACGCGCCAGGGAUUCAGCGUGGGCCUGGAGGAUCACAGGGGAGUGUGCAAAGACCACGACAUGGAGGCUGAGUCCGAAGCAGGGGGCUCUAAUAAUUCCCCUGCCCAGAUAGACUGCGUCCCCCCAGGGUCUAGUUGCGGCCCAGGCGGAUUAGGCCUCUUCAGCCUCACGGAGGCGUCCCCCAGUAGCUCCGCAUCGAGUACUAAUAUACCGGCCUCUGGCCCGGCCAGGAAUCCCAGGGACAACAAUCUGCGGAAGAAGAAAGCGGCCAACCUCAAUAACAUCAUUCACAGGCUGGAGAAGGCUGCCAGUAAAGAGGACCCCUCGGAGUGGGAGUUCUAGCCCCCCUCCUGACCACCCUUCGCCCCUCUUGUCUCAUAACCUCACAACCUCUAACUUGGACCCCUCCUGCUCUGUUCCAGUCGGAGAGUGGACGCAGCCAAAGUCAAGCUCAGCAGCCAAUUUUUACUACACAGAAGCUUUCCCAAAAAAAAAAAGAGGAAAGAAACAAAGUGUGGUUGGCAAAACCCUUCAACAAGAAGAUUUACUGAUUACUUAGAAGAACAAAAUAAGAGAACUUAAGUGUCUCUCCUUUUUUUUAAACGGAGUUUUGUUUUUGUACUGAGAAAAGCACUUAGCCGUCCUGCUGGCCUCUGGCCCUGCUGUACCUCCCCCCCAUCACCAGCCACUGGUGCACCAGACUGGUUAGUCCCGAGCUGGGGUCUGACCCACAGCCGGGCGCAAAACCUGGACUGGGUAAGACAGCAGCUGUCCCAGUGAUAGACACUGCUAGAUGAUAGAUAGAGACAGGAACUCUCUUACAAGAACUCUCACUUUUUUGAAAGGAGAUGUUUUUUCCCGCUCUUCUUCUCACCUCCCAAGUGUCCACAAACCUCCCCUCACUCAGUGAGACGCCUCAUUUUUCACACUGUAGAGUGACUGUUACAAACCCUUUGCCUUUUUCACUCACUGCGCGUGUGCGUGUGUCGUUUUUUUUGUUUUUUUUGUAUGUUUAGGGGUCGUGUCAGUGUGCACCCGUGUGUGUGUGUGUGUGCACACCACAAACGGUGUGUGUGUUAGUAUGUGUGUGUGUUGUCUCGGUGGCAGCACGUCUGCUUCACUCCUACACUCUUAAGAGGGUCAUGCCAGGCCUGAGCUGCCAUGGUUACCGGUGUACGAACUUUGACCUGUCGUGUCCUCUAUCCUAUCCUGCUGACAGCCAUGUGAUGGCCAGAAGGAUCACUUCAUUUCUCACACACACACACACAAAAUUCACACACACACUCGUCUGGAAAGGAAGGAGAGAAGGAACCCCCUUUUUUUGCCUCCUUAGGUCCUCCUUGAAGGACAAAGGGCCAUCUCUCCUUUAUUUCUUCAUAUUGCAAUUUGGUUGCCAAUAAGAGAUUGCACAGUCUUUUGACUCUAAAGAAAACAAAAUAGGGAAUUUUUAGGAUGCAUUUUAAUUAGUACACAAUAAGCAGAAAAGAGAAUAACAAGUUACUGCUUUUUGUUUUGUUUUUGAAGCAAAUUAGGUUGGAAUAAUGUUGCAUUGUCACAAACUAAUGAAUUCACGUAGUACUGUAGCUGGUGAUACUGAACUCUUGUUUCCUAGGUCGUCACAGUUUGACCCAGCACUGGAUCUGCUCGGGUGCGUGUGUAUGUUUUGUGUGUGUGCGUGUGUGUGUGUGUGUGUGCGCACCACCAGCUAAUUUCCUGUUCACAAACACAUCUUUUUAUAGGCCAAAUCAGGAAGAGCGUGUGCGUAUGUGUGAUGGUGCGUCUCAUGUGUAUAUCUUCCUGCAUGUAAGUCAGGGUCAAGGUCAAUUCACUCAAGAGUUUCAAUUUACAAAAGUUCUAAAGAAGCAUAACGAAGCUCCUGGUUUUUUGCAAUGUACAGUAUUUGAUUCCUUUUUUUGUUAUUUGGGAAAGUCAGUUCACUCCAACCCCGGGGUGAGUAUUUCCACUUUUCUCCAGUCUUUCCUGUAUCCAGGGAGUCUUUUUACAUUCAAUUCUACUGUAUACACUACAAUUUUUAAGGCAUAUCACCUCCUCCUACUUUUCCUGGUCCCACACAAACCCUCAGUGCCUGUCAGCCCACUGCCUCCCCUUUGUGUGUGUGUGUGUGUGUGUGUGUGUGUGUGUGUGUGUGUGUGUGUGUGUGUGUGUGUGUGUGUGUGUGUGUGCGCACUUGUUUCCAAUGAGUGUGGGGGGGGGUUCAUAUUUCUACUUGCACACACUACUAGUGCACAACUGACACCCUUCUUUUAAAGAUGCGUUACCAUUAAUCUUCUCACCACCUAGUAUAAUACAAUGAUUUACUGUAGCUUGGUUUUAUUGCUAUUUUGUUGUUGUUGUUGUUGCUGUUGCAUUUAUAGUUUUGGUUUUUAUUCUGCUUAUUUAUAGGUGCUGUCAUUUUUCAUUUAAUGUCUUAUCAUUUGAGUUGUCUAUUUUUUAAGGGAUUAUACUGUUCCUGAGGGCAAGUAACAUUUUUAUUAGACGUUAUAGACUGCCGGCAGUAUUGGUUAAUAUUUACAAAGAUGUACUAGUUCUCAUUUGUUUGUAUAUUCAUGAAUUCUUAAGAAAAACAAGUUGUAGUGUCAUUUCAGUAGCUCUUAAAUAAUGCGUUUGCUACACCUCACGCCCACCCCGGAGCUUUUUGCGUUAUUUUCCAUGACAGUUAUGCUCUCAAAUUGCUAGCUCAAGAAUGAACAAACAUAUCAAGAUCAGUGAUGAUUGAUAGCAUAUCUAUUUCCCCGCUGAUCAUUUCUCCUCGUCUUGUGUCAGCUCUGACACCAAUGCUCUUUUUCCCCCAUCAUCCCCUCCUUAAUCACAUCAUCGAUGAUCAGGUCCGGGUGUAAGCUCGUUGUCACAAGAAAUGAACCCAUGCUGCAAAGAGGUCAUAUCUGCCAAAUUGAGAUUAGACGAGUUGUACCAGCUAGCAACCUGCGAUUAUUAAGAAUUCUAUUCUCUCGCAGUCGGUAUAGCCAAGCACUUAUUAGGACAGGGUCUGUACAACACUACACCAGAGUACCAUCCCAGGCUCCUGGGAAAUGGAGGCCUUUUAUUCGUCAGCGUGGUUGUAAACCAAGCACAGACUCCCGACACUAAAACAGAAAACAAACGCGAUGGACUGCGUCCUUUUCAGACAGAACGGAAACACAUCCCACGUCGUUACAAUUAGUAACCACUUGAUGAACAGAAUUCUCUUCUCACUAUAUGGACUCAAGUAUUGGAACAUGGCUGUUGUAACAGAUACGAUGUGUGGAAGGAUUUUUGAGGUCUUCCCAAAUGUGUUUAAUAGCGUUGAGGUCAGGGCUCUUGUUCUUCCUCACCUGUCAGGUUCAAACACCGAACUAUCUAUUACACAAGACAAUAAGCAAGGAAUCAAGUAGAGACCAAGUCCAAUUUAGCUCAUGAGGAGAAACGUCUGGGGCUGCGCACUCAGUUCCUCUAUUUAUUCGGGAGUUCCCUAGUGAGGCUGCCUCUAAAGGGAGUGGACACACAUAUUACGCAGGCAGCCCCAGUAUCACAAUACAUGAUUACUCAGAAUGCAAAUGUACUUGAGCUCGAGAUUUCGCCCUGGCUCUGCCUUGUCUGCGUGUUGUCGCCUUAUCUUCAUUUAGGUACUUGAAGUCCAUAGCGGGCUGGAAGACAGAAACUGCUGCUGCGAGGCAACUUGCAGUGGAAGAUAAGUUGUGUGCCUUUGCACAGAUAGAAAAGUACAACUUGACCACAAUAGAUAACUAUAGCAACGGCCUUUAAGCAUAAGAGUUGUGUGAUAACUUAUACAUAAUUAUACAUAUUCUAACACCACCACAGGUCUCAGUUGUUGUCACAGCUGAUGAAUAAGAGAUCAAAAAUGGGCACUGUAAUUAACCAAUGAAUUUGGCAAAAUGAAGUGCAUUACUUGAGUACGACCAGCAGAGGCACUGUUGAUUAGCAAACACAGUGGUACCUCGGUGUUCGUUAUUAAUCCGUGCAAAAAUAUUCAACAAGGACUGAAUCAUAUGGGAAAGUAUUUUUCACAUAAAUAAUGCAAAUCUAAUUAAUCCAGCCCAAAAAUAUCAAAGCAAAGUAGAUUAUACAAAGACACAGUUUAACAUGCAGACAAGUACAUUUAAAUGUAAAGUGAAAUGGAUAAAUUAACAUUUAACAUAACUUUAUUAAUCCUUUAAAAAAGAGGAAAUGUGUUUUCUUUAGCAUAAAAACAAAAAACGUACACACACACACACAAAAAUACUUCUAAAAAGUAGUUAAAAGAAAUAAAUCAGCGCAUGAUUUUUCUUAAUUAAAGACUUGUUAGCGAUGAUUGGCAAGGAAGGAGGGAGGGAGGCGAUAAACAACCAGACUUCACUACCACUUCUGUCUCAAAUUCAAUCGUGUUUUUCACCUUCUUUAUCAAAGUUCUGGCACUCGCAACUUUUUUUUGGGCUCUUUUAGUUGUACUUCGUUGCAGCAAAACAGGCCAUUCACAUUCAACUCUAUGUUGUUGUCAUUCACACAUUUACAUCAAUAUGUAAAAUGUCAAAUUACGUUGCACUUCAUUCAGACAAAACUAAAUUAAAUGGAUAAGAACGCCAUAAAGUAAAAUAAACCAAUUUUAAAAUUGAGUUGAAAAGUUUUGUUAUUAAUAAUCUGUGAUGCUAUAAAUCGUGUAACAGGGAAUAGACUAUUGCAUUUAAAAUGUACUUCCUAUGUGUUAAUACUAGAGGUAGGAAUCUUUGGGCACCUCACGAUUAGAUUUGAUGGCCAUUCAACACUAUUCUCCUAAAAUAUUUGCUAUAUAUGAAUUGUAAUAAAACCUUUUUCAAAAUGGGCUACAGAUUACAAAAGGCCUAAAAAAAACUAUUUUUAAAAAUGUAUUAUGAAAAUGUUUUUUUUUUUACAAAAAUCACUGAAUGUUAAUCUUUGUCAUAAAAUGAAAUAGAGCAACCAAUCACAUUUUUACAAUGUUUAGGAUCGAAAUUAGCAAAGCAAUUUAAGUCAUAUAAAAAAAGGAAACCCAAAAAUACAUUAUCAAUGAAAAUAAUCAUAUCAAUAAUAGUUGUUUAAUGGUUUAAUCCCAAAAUUGAUUUGAAAAAGAAAAAUGACAAUAUGUGUUUUUUGUUGUUGUUUUUUUUAAUCGAUUCUCGAAAAUUCUGAAUACAUUUAGAAUCGACAUAAACAACAAUCGCUAUUUGGAUGUGAAUAAUUUUUUUUUUAGAACCCCUCUUGAAUACUAUAAAAAAAAGCAUAAAGUAAGCAGUGGUAAAAACAAACAGUAGUGCAAUGUUUGUCUAAUAUUAACACUUUGUACCGUGUUUUCAUUAUGUGCAUUUAUUAAGUUUAGGAGCCUGAUGGCAAUUGGAUAAAAACUUUCACGGAACCUUAGUUUGGUAGACGCCCUGUUCGGCCGUCGAAUACCAAAUUAUGCGAAGAGUCGGGCGUUAGAAACCGAGGUACCACUGGACUGUACUGACCCCAAUACAAGACAACUCUGCAAUUACAAUUUUUUUUAAUGAAAACAAAAUAUAGCACCUAGUAAAUUGCAAUUAUAAAUACAUUUCAAUUAGCAUCUGAACUCUCUGACAAACUUCAUGGCUGCCUUCCCAGGUCACUAGUGGGAGUGACGGGAAGAAAAGCUCUGACUCCCUUGGGGGAGAAGUGCCUAAAUAUAAAAUGACCUUUUCUAUUUGACAUUAAAGGCAAAGUCGUAAUGUCAGUCAUCUUAUUUGCUUUCUAAAAAAAUAUAUAUACUGUGUGUAUAUAUAUAUAUAUAUAUAUAUAUAUAUAUAUAUAUACACACACUACAGGCCAAAAGUUUGGACACACCUUCUCAUUCAAUCUUUAUUUUCAUGACUAUUUACAUUGUAGAUUGUCACAUCAAAACUUUGAAUGAACACAUGUGGAGUUAUGUACUUAACAAAAAAAGGUGAAAUCACUGAAAACAUGUUUUGUAUUCUAGUGUCUUCAAAAUAGCCACACUUUGCUCUGAUUACUGCUUUGCACACUCUUGGCAUUCGAGACCUCUGGGAACUCCUUCAAGACUGUUUGAAAACUAUUUCAGGUGACUACCUCUUGAAGCUCAUGGAGAGAAUGCCAAGAGUGUGCAAAGCAGUAAUCAGAGCAAAGGGUGGCUAUUUUUGAAGAAACUAGAAUAUAAAACAUGUUUUCAGUUAUUUCACCUUUUUUUUUACAUAACUCCACAUGUGUUCAUUCAUAGUUUUGAUGUGACAAUCUACAACGUAAAUAGUCAUGAAAAUAAAGAAAACACAUUGAAUGAGAAGGUCUGUCCAAACUUUUGGCCUGUACUGUAUGUGGAAACAGGAGUUUAGAACAUUCAGAAAGUUGUUUCCCUACCAUCUCAUUAAUAUAAUAUAUAAAGGUUUAUUUGAAAUAGGGACAGAUACAGAAACAUAGAUAUCUGAAACAGUUAUCCAAUGUAUGCAUCAUAGUGUUUGUAGCCAAAGCUAAUUUUCAACACUUGUCCCCAGAACAACAACAACACAGAUCUAACAUCUUUAAAUAUAGGAAAAUAAAAAGGAUAAGGCAAAGAGGAGUCGAUAAUAAUGAUAAUAUUAAUAAUACAGACAAAGUGCAAACUAGAUAGAAGCCAAUAAUAAUAAUAAUAAUAAUAACACAGACAAAGUGCAGACUAGAUAAAAACAAUUAGUAAAAUGAGUAAAAACUAAACAUGGGAACACGAUUGUUGCUCAACUAGCCACAAUUUUGUUUGUUUUUUGAAAUUGUUUCUUUUUUGAAAGUGACAACUUUUCAAAGUGUCCGGUAGAGAGUUUCAUAGUUGUGGUCCUUUUAUUGAAAAGGCAGUCUGCAGUAAUGGAUAAUUGUUGCCCACUCCUAGAGAAGAACAACCCCUAAUUAUUGCACCAAUCAGGAGAGGUGUCCCAGUACUUGUGUCCAUAUAGCGCAUGCUGUUGUGUCGGUCGUCCCUUCCUGCGGACGACAGGUGUCAAACAUCCGAAGGCCAGUGGUGGACGACAUCGGCACGUUUUCUAGCUACUGCAACAUUGUACGAAGCACUUAAACCAUUUGAGCAGUCGCCUUGUCCCCGCCAUCCUAAAACCACAUCAGAUUUGUGCCUUUAACUGCCAAGCAGGGCACCAAACUUGCGAUAUCAAAGUCUGAUCCACAUGGAGUCCCCUCAACCACCCGCAACCCGUCGUGUGUGUGUUUGUGUGUGUGUGUGUGUACGUGUACUCGCUGAAAAAAGGAGAUGAUGUGUGUUCUUAACGAUUGACCCACUCGGGCUUUGGUGGGUCCCCCAGACGGUCCCCUGGAAGCAUGACGACGUUGUACAUAUCUAGCAGAGUGGAGGAGGAAGCACGCAGCAAACACUGUAAUAACACUGAAUUUAUUCAUAGGGCAUUUUUCUUUGUUUUCCGUCUGUUCCGUGUCAGGUUUGCUGUGGCGUCACUGCAGGUAUUGAGAUGACGUGUGCCAACUGUUUGGAGGAGAGGAAAAAAAUAAAAUAAAAGUGUAAAUAGGAGUCGGGCAAAGCAGCUCCGGAGUCACUUAGUGUCACAGUGUGCUUUUAUUUGAAGGCAGGACGAGAGAAGGGACGAUUCAGGACUUUUUCCAUGAUCCACAGAUAUUUUUCUACAAAUUUAAAGAUCAAGAUGAUUCUAUACACUGUUGUAAAGGUGUAACAGAUGCUGUAUAACAUUUUUUUUUUCUUCUGAAGAUGUAAAGCUUUACUGUAUGAUCUGUUUUUGAAGUAGUGCUUAUUCAUGAGUUGUUUUGUUCAUUGUGUUUGAAGCCUGGACAGCAGCACUGGUCACCCUAUUCAGGAAAAAAAAACCUUUAAAAAAGAAGAAAGAAAAACCUCAGAUGUUUUUUUUUUGGUUUUUUUUUUGUAAUAUUAAUAAUACUUUUAGAAUAUAUAUAAUGAAGUGGGUUUUGUAAAGAAUGACAGCAGUGCUGUAUGCAUAGCACACACGUUCAUACACACCUAACACAGCACAAUACACUCAUCCUUUCAAUGCUCGCUUCUUCCUUUUUCCAUUUCUUUUUGGAAUUGCCCCCCCCCCCUUCUGGAAUGCUCAACAUUUCAGUGGAGAAAAAAAAAAAAAAGGAAGCAAAAAGCCAAAUAGUGAUGUAGUCGUCCACAUUUUGUCGUCUCCCUCCUGUAGCUUCAACCACAGUGUAGACUGACAACCAAAAUGUCCCGGGGAGGAGAGAGAGAGCUCCUUUCCUCCCUCCUCUCCAACGUUGGAAAGCUUUAAGAUGCUUGUUGAGGCUUUAGCACGUGUUUUUGUUUUUGUUUUGAAGUCCAUUUGAUCCUGUCAUCAACGACGCGGAACACUUCUGCUUAGUUGAAACGUGUGUGUGUGUGUGUGUGUGUGUGUGUGUGUGUGCGCGCGUGUGUGUGUUGUUGACAAAAAAAAAAAAAAGGAUGCAUGACUGUAAAAGGGACACUUCAUUCUCUCCCUCGCCCUCCUCACAUCUCUCAGCACUUCCGUCACACACGAGAUGCUGUUUUUUUUCUCAUGUUUUCAUGUAUCAUCGCUUUCUUUAUAUCUUUCUAUUUACUAAACGUAACAUGUUGUUUGUUCUCAGCACUGUAAAACAGUCCCUUCUGCAAACAUUGAAAAGCAAUAUCACUGUAUGAAACCUUCACAAUGUAUUUGUUAUGAUUGACAUUUGAUUCAUCAUCAUUAUUAUUCACAUGCACCCUAGGUGUGAUAAUUGAAGUAAAUCUCUUUUAUACAAAUA